AUGGCGCUGUGGGGCUACAAUCCCAAGCGCGUCGCCACCAUCAACAGCGGUACUUUGUGGAUUGGGAAGAAUCUGGGAGAGCAUUUUGGGGAUCAUGGGGACUUGGAUUCCAGGAGCUAUGGCGAGCUCAUUCGACGAUGCAGCAGCGCCAGGGCUCUGGAGGAAGGGAGGCGAUUGCAUUCAAUCAUCGUGAGGAGCGAUCGGUGGCGGCACGAGACUUUUCUGGGGAAUUUACUGGUCCAGAUGUAUGGGAGCUGCAAAUCUCUGGCGGAUGCAAUCUCGGUGUUCCAGGGGAUGUCGCGGCGAAACAGCUUCUCGUGGAAUAUCAUGAUCGCGGCAAAUGCCCAAAACGGGCAAUCUGAUUUAGCGCGAGAUGUGUUUCGCAAGAUGCCUUGCGUGGACAAUGUUUCCUGGACGAGCAUCCUGGCUUCUCUACUCCAUAGCGGGGAUUUUGGCACCGUGAAGAAGAUCUUUGACGAGAUGCCAGAACGAUGCGCAGUCGCAUGGAACGUGAUGCUCGUGGCGUAUGCCCGACAGGGGCAUCUUCUAGAUUUGAUAGAUUCCUUUGAGAAGAUGCCUUUUAGGGGUGUGGACUCUUGGAAUGUGAUGAUCAGAGCUCUGGAUCGUGAAUCCGCCAAGGUUGUCUUUGAUCGAAUGCCCGGAAAGGAUGUAAUCUCCUGGAACACGAUGCUCUCUUCUUGUUCUUCUUCUUUGCCAUCUUUUGCUAUGGAAUUGGAUCAAACGAAGCAGCUCUUCGACUGUAUGCCACAGCACGACGCAAUCUCUUGCAGCACCAUGCUCUCGGCAUUUGCCCAAAGAGGAGAUUUGCUGCGAGCAAGGCAAGUAUUUGAUUCGAUCGAUGAUCGCGACUCCAUGGCGUGGACAACGAUGCUCGCCGCUUAUCUCCACAACCACGAUCUCUCCAAAGCCACCAUUUUCUUUUUCCAAGAGAUGCCACAUCAAGACACUCACGCGUGGAGCCUCUUGGUGGCGGCAUAUGCCCAAACCGGGCAUGCCACGCAAGCCGUACGGCUCCUCUGCCACAUGGACUCGGAGGGCAUACGGCCCGAUUGCGUGACGUACGCGCGGAUAUUCGACGCGUGCGCCGAAUCGUCCAGCCUGGCGGAGGGACAGCUCGUCCACGUCGGCAUGAACGCACACGGCGACCUGGAAAACGAUACGAUAGUGGGUACGGCGCUCGUGUGCAUGUACGGGCGGUGCUGCCGCGUGGAUGCCGCGAGGGCGGCAUUUGACAAGGUGGCGCACAAGGACGUCGUAACGUGGACGGCCAUGCUGACUGUGUAUGCCCACGCCGGGCAUCUGGAGGAAGCGGAGGCACUGUUUCACGAGGCGCCCGAGCGCAACGUUUUGGGAUGGAAUGCGAUGCUUCGGGCAUAUUCUCAGCAUGGCCAAGCAUCUUCCUGUGUCCAUGCGCUCCCUUGGAUGGAACAAGAAGGGAUUCUGCCAAACGAGAGCACAUUUAUCACUGUUCUCGACGCCUGUGGAUGUGACUCCGCAACUUUGACACUCGCCCAAGCAAGGAUGAUCCACUGCUUCGUUGCUGAGAGUGGUCUCGAAUCACACACUCUCGUCGGGACUGGGCUAGUGAACUUGUAUGCGAAGUCUGGAUGCCUCCACCAAGCUCGAGAAGUUUUCCACCGGAUUGUCUCCAAGGAUCUCAUUGCCUGGGCUGCGAUGAUUGCUGCUUAUUCUCGAAAUGGUCGUGGAAAGCCGGCGCUGGAGCUCUUCCAGCAGCUCCAAGUCGAAGGUGUGGAGGAACCCAACGGCGUUGUCUUCACGAGCGUUCUCAGUGCUUGCGGCAGUGCUGGACUCGUCGGAGAUGGGCGAGACUAUUUCCUGUCGUUGGAGGCCGACUAUGGAAUAACUCCGUCCAUGGAGCACUACGUUUGCAUGGUGGACCUUCUCGGACGCACGGGAAAGAUAGAAGAAGCCGAUGCCUUGCUCAAGAGCAUGCCUUUUGAACCUCAUGUUGUCGGAUGGACGAGCGUCAUGUACACUUGUGGAAGUCAUGGCGAUGACGAAAGAGCUCUAGCAGCGGUCAGGCAGAAGACAGAGCUGGAAAAAACUUGGAAGGCAAAAGAAUGUCUGACAAUUAGUUAG